GUUUAUUGUCUCGUGUGGGGUCUCUAAAGCCAGUUAGCUAGCUAGAUACCUGGCUAGCAGCCUGUCAGAAGCUAGCUAGCUAACGUUAGUGCAGUAACUUAGCUGUCAAAACCAAGCCAAGUGCUUUGAUUUCCCAGCAAACUCAGAAUGCAUUGAUCUUGACAGUUUCCUGGGAAAACAUUUUUUAACAGAGGAUGACAGGUAAUAUCAAAAGUUAAUCGAAGUAUGAAAGAAGCUAGCUAGCUAGCCCUCUUUGUUUCUUGAGUGGGCCACCUUACUUAGCUUGCUAGCUAGCUAGCAUCCAAACACUUGUACUAGCAGCAGGCUGCAUCUGUAGUAUCAGGCUUCUUCACUGAUAUCGCCAGCAGUUGAAAAACAGGCUACUGUAUAAAAGUAGCUAGUCAUGAUUGAUAAGACUGUGCGGUAACGUUAAGUAUUCAUUUAAAAAUGUUAUUACAACUACUGUAGGAUAUGUAUUAUUUGUAUUGCCUUGAAGUGGAAUAAAUUAAUGGGGAAAUAUAAUUUUUUUCUUCAGGGAUGACUGCUUUUGAAGGACAACCUUUGUUGCCAUCCACACAUCUAUGAGAUCCCCACAUGUCUGAGGGACUUCCAAAAUGAAGAAAAUUAGUCUGAAAACAAUACGAAAGUCAUUCAACCUAAAAGGCAAAGAGGAGGGAGAGGAUGUUGUACCACAGCCAAAUUCAGCUACCAACUUUUCAACAGAUUCAGUGUUUGGAAAAUGUUAUAGCAAAGAACUUGUUUGUAACGACUUUGAUCAUGAGGAGGAGAAAAGCCCUAAGAACCGCUCCAAAAGUGAGAGUCUUAUGGGAUCACUGAAAAGGAGGCUUUCGGCAAAACAGAAAAGUAAAAUAAAAGAAAGUUCCACAUCCGUAACCUGUGAAGAUGACACAUUCUCGUGCUCCUCAGCACCCAUUUUCUUUAAUGAUGUCAAAUCACAACAUCAUCUAAGAUCUAGUAGUCACCAUUAUAGCCCCACGCCAUGGGCCCUCAGGGCAGCGAAUUCUGAGGAAACAUGCCUUAGAAUGGAUGGGAAAGUGAAAGCUAUGAUACACUCAUCAGACCCAAGCCCAUCUCUGUAUGGCAUUCAGAAAGAAUUCCCUGACCCCCAGAUGGAUAGGCCUUUUCAGGAUUCAUCCGAGAGCACUGAGCCUCAGAAUGGUGAUAUGCAUCUAGAUAUUGAUGAUGAAAAUGUGCCUGCAAUCAUUGGACUAUCACCUCAGAACUAUAUUCACUAUGCAAUGCCUUUAGAUGAUGAACUUGACCUUGCAGAAGGCUUGGAUGAUUCCUCUCCAAUAGAUGAGGUGGCUCAGCCUGCGGGCUUCCCUCCUCAUGCAGAGGAAGACCCCAUUGACCAGGAGGAGCUGAUGUCACCAGACAUUUUCAUGGACCCAUCAGUGAAUAGACUGCUCUAUGAAUCUGCAAGUGUCUUGAUUCCAGACUCUAGAAUAUAUUCUCCUCUCUCCCCUUUGCUACCUCAGCUACCUGGCAGUCACAUCCGAAGGAGUUUCCAAGUAUAUGGUGGUUCUUCUCACUCACAUGGUGCAGAGAGAGUGAUGCACCAUCUCAACUUUGACCCCAAUUCAGCCCCUGGUGUUGGCAGGGUUUAUGAUGCUGUUCAGCACAGUGGGCCCAUGAUUGUAACCAGCCUUACAGUAGAGCUAAAGAAACUGGCCAAGCAGGGUUGGUACUGGGGACCUAUAACGCGUUGGGAAGCUGAGGAAAAACUUGCCAGCCUACCAGAUGGGUCAUUCUUGGUGCGAGACAGCUCAGAUGAUCGUUAUCUUUUGAGCUUGAGCUUUCGUUCACAGGGUAAGACCCUCCACACCAGGAUUGAACACUCCAAUGGCAGUUUCAGUUUCUACGAACAGCCAGAUGUGGAGGGUCACAUAUCAGUAGUGGAACUCAUUGAACAUUCUAUCAGAGAUUCUGAGAGUGGAGCCUUCUGCUAUUCACGAUCUCGUACACCAGGGACUGCAACGUAUCCUGUCAGACUGACAAACCCUAUCUCAAGGUUUAUGCAGGUGCGUUCCAUGCAGUACCUCUGUCGGUUUGUCAUCCGUCAGUACACACGGAUCGACCUUAUCCAGAAAUUGCCUUUGCCAAACAAGAUGAAAGAUUACUUACAGGAAAAGCACUACUGA